UCAAGUGAGUUUGUUUUGAAGGUCAGAUAUUCAAGUACAAGAACAGAACAGUGAGGAGCUGCACUACAAAGCUGUCUGUAGUUAGUUAGAUAGGACUUUGUUCUGUCCCUACUUUUUAUUGCAUCAGCUGACAAUGAUCUCAGAGCAUCACUGAGCUCUCUACUCCACAGAAGGUUUAGCAUGUGAAUGUGACAUACAAGGUGGAUCAUGGACUCCAUCAAAAUACCUAAUACCUGUUCAACACUUGCCUUCAUUCCGGUCUCAUAAUUCCAGACACGUAUGACUAUGUGUUGCCAGCACCCUGAAUGUGUUGGACUAGUUUGCUCUUAUCUUAUCUGUCCAUCUAAUGAGGCGUGUUCACCUAUAUUGCAGCUGCAAUUGGGCUCCAGGUGAGCGCACUCAGAGUGGAGCUGGAGCAGCGGGACGGACUGACAGAAAGAUCGCUCUCAUACCAAGUUAGGGUUUUAUUCAAAAACACAUUAUUUAUUUUUCCUUCUGUUAAAGAACAAGUGUUGCUUUUAACCCCUCUUUUUCACUUUUGUCAUCGACCAGUCCAACAAUGAGUGACAACAAGGAUGAUUCUCCAGUCUACACCAACUUUGGUUUUCAGAUGGAGGACCCCCCACCGCCGGUGUACUCACCCUAUCAGGCCAGCGACACUGCACUUCCUCCCAGCUACGACAACGCUAGGUUUCUCAGACUAGAACCCCCUCCCUACACGUCUCAUCCCGAUGUCGACUCCGGGCUUCAUGUGGAAGGACGGACACCUCCGCCAUACACCAUUCAACUCGGCACUAUCCCUGUGUCGGAACCCAAUGACCAUGUGGACGCCAAUCCAUGGACCACCAACCCCGAUCAAGGACUGAGGCGAGUUCUAUUUUGCCGCGUUUUUCCUGUCCUGGCGAUGAUGGUUGUGUCAUCUGCUGUCACGCUGUUGAUAUUAUACGGGGCCAACGUUUUCGACACAAGGUCCUGCGGGGAAGGAGGGAUGAGUAUCUCCGCCUCCAAGUGGUGUGAUGGAGUGCAGGACUGUCCUGGAGGGGAGGAUGAAUCCUAUUGCUUUCGUCUCCACGGAACAAACUUCAUACUGCAGAGCUACUCCAAAGCAAGUCAGAGCUGGAGGACUGUUUGCAUGGAGUCCUGGAACACGGACUUCAGCAGACAGGUGUGCCAGCACAUGGGCUACAACAGCCAAGACUAUGUGGGAUACAGUUGGGCCACUCCUGACUUCUUGACUGAGUUUGUGGCAGUUAAGUCUGGAUAUAACUCGACUUCUAAUGUGCUGUCUGUGCUGACAGAGAGAGAUACAUGCUCCGCCGGAGCCAUCCAGCUUCGCUGCAUCUACUGUGGGAAGAGCAUUGCUGCGCCCAGAAAUCGUAUUGUUGGUGGGACAGAUGCUGUGAAAGGAGCCUGGCCUUGGCAGGUCAGUCUACAGGUUCGGGGUUGGCACGUCUGCGGCGGCUCCAUCAUCAGCUCUGACUGGAUCCUCUCUGCUGCUCACUGCUUCCAGAAAUAUUCAAGCCCUUAUGACUGGACUGUAAAGUAUGGUAAAAUCAGCCAAUCCGUGAUGGAUCUCAUGACCGGAAAAUCUGUCUAUACAAUCAUCACUCAUGAAAAAUAUCAUUCAGUGACAAAUGACUACGACAUCGCCCUCCUGAAACUAACGUCCCCCUUGACCUUCGCCGACAAUGUGAGGCCGGUGUGUCUCCCCAAUUUCGGUGCAGACUUAUCCCCUGAGCGCCAGGCUUGGAUUACAGGUUGGGGAGCUCUGUAUUCUUCAGGGCCGAGCCCAGACACCCUCAACCAAGCCGAGGUGACCAUGUACAAGACAGAGACCUGCAACAGGUGGGACAUACUGAACGGGGCCCUCACUGAGGCCAUGAUCUGUGCUGGCAAGCUUUCAGGAGGCGUCGACUCGUGUCAGGGGGACAGUGGGGGGCCCCUGGUGGUGAAGGAGGCAGGCUUGUGGUGGCUGGUGGGGGACACUAGCUGGGGGUACGGAUGUGCAGCGAGGAAGAAACCGGGAGUCUACGGCAACGUCUCCCACUUCAUAGAAUGGAUCCACACACACAUGCAGGAUAUUCCUCCCGUCUACGACAACAUUGGCUUCCAGUUAGAGGAGGCGACGCCGCCACCGUACUCGCCUCCUCAGUCCAUCUACCCUGCUCUUCCACAGGAGACCCCCAGCUACGUGGUGGUCCCCCCACACACCAUCAACACCCAUCAAAGUGUCCCAAUACAGGCGCCACCGUACACAGCCCAAAUCAAAGCUGUUCCAGCACGAAGAGGACCGCGAUGGAACUACAUCAUUUGUGUGACGCUCAGUGUGCUGGUGGCUCUGGCCGUCAUCGGGCUACUGCUCUGGUACUUCUUGUACUACCAGUGUGUGAUGGGCAUGUCGUGUGGGGCUGGAGGGGGGUGUCUGAGUGCCUCCCAGUGGUGUGAUGGAGUGAAGGACUGCACCAAUGGAAAGGAUGAAUCCCACUGCUUUCGUCUGCACGGCACCAACUUCAUGCUGCAGGGCUACUCCAAACACUCUCAGAGCUGGAGGACUGUUUGUGCUGAAAACUGGAAUAACAACUACGGCAGAGAGGUGUGCGGGCAGAUGGGCUACAGCAGAAAUGAUUACGUGGCGUCCAGUCAGACCAGCACCGGGUCCUCCACUGGCUUCCUAAAGCUGAGGCCUAAAGAUCACCAUGACUCGAACGUGAUGUCUCAGCUGGAGGAGAGCCAUGUUUGCACCACUGGUGCCAUCAAACUGCAGUGCAUCGACUGUGGGAAGAGCAUUGCUGCGCCCAGAAAUCGUAUUGUUGGGGGGACAGAUGCUGUGAAAGGAGCCUGGCCUUGGCAGGUCAGUCUACAGGUUCGGGGUCAACACAUGUGCGGCGGCUCCAUUAUCGCCCCCUACUGGAUCGUCUCUGCUGCUCACUGCUUCGAGACAUAUUCAAGCCCUCAUCACUGGACUGUAAAGUAUGGUGAAAUCAGCCAAUCCGUGAUGGAUUUCACCAUCGGAAAAUCGGUGUAUAAAAUCAUCAAUCAUGAAAAAUAUGAUCCAGACUCAAAUGACAACGACAUCACCCUCCUGAAACUAAGGUCCCCCUUGACCUUCACCGACAAUGUGAGGCCGGUGUGUCUCCCCAACUUCGGUGCAGACUUAUCCCCUGAGCGCCAGGCUUGGAUUACAGGUUGGGGAGCUCUGUAUUCUUCAGGGCCGAGCCCAGACACCCUCAACCAAGCCGAGGUGACCAUGUACAAGACAGAGACCUGCAACAGGUGGGACAUACUGAACGGGGCCCUCACUGAGGCCAUGAUCUGUGCUGGCAAGCUUUCAGGAGGCGUCGACUCGUGUCAGGGGGACAGUGGGGGGCCCCUGGUGGUGAAGGAGGCAGGCUUGUGGUGGCUGGUGGGGGACACUAGCUGGGGGUACGGAUGUGCAGCGAGGAAGAAACCGGGAGUCUACGGCAACGUCUCCCACUUCAUAGAAUGGAUCCACACACACAUGCAGAACCAGUGACACAGGACUCGUCGUUGCAUCUGACAAUCAGAAGGAAUCUAAAAAUACUAUGCAGUAAAAUGAAGAAUUGUGAUUUUAUUUUUGUACGUCUGCGAAGGAUGAUGCCGCAUUUUUAUUCGAACAAAUUUAGAUUAUUUAUUUGUUGAAAUAAACGUAUGCUUUUCCACUAAAAACGUUGUUGGUGUAUGAGAGAAUCUAAGGGUUUGAUGCGAGAAAUAGCACUUGAAUUAUAGCACACACUGCUCAUGACUGACCAUUUUCUCUGGUCCUUUCUAUUCAGAUAUUUUUACAGUUCUUAUUUUAAAGACCCAUGCAUUUUGGGUUUAUGUAGCUUGCACCCGUGAAAUAUUAUCUAAGGCUUCUGGCUCUGUUCAGUUCUUUGUUUGGUACGUUGAAGAAACAAGUAUAUUGUUCUUGUUUAUCGAAGGAGAGUAUCGUGUACCUUAGUCACACACCACUAGCAUUUAACAAACUGUGUUUGGUUUUGGUUCCUGGUCUGACACUGUUGUUUGGACAAUGGGUUGCCAGCCAUUUUGUUCCUCGGAGUGCAGCUAAGGUGAUGUCUUCAAAUACCAGCGCUCUGCUUCUCCGGUAGUGGUGAUAGAAUUGUUUUUUUAUUCGUGAGCCACAUUUAUUUAUUUAUGCCUGAGCUAGUCUAACAAAAUAGGUGAUAACAUGAACCCAUAAAGAGAAAACACUUGCUCAAUAUAAACUUGAAUUCCCACUAUAUUGCACUUAUUCUUCUAUGCGCUUAUGUAUGUUUCCACUUCUUCACAUCUCUGACCUAAAUUGUGAUUAUUGACAAAUGUUGUUGAC